UGCAUUAAAAACGUGUUUAAAAUCACAAUAAAUAGAAGUCAAUCAUAAUUUAAGUGUUCAUGGAGUUAUAAGUUACAAGAAAACCAAAGGGUUGUUAUCUAAUGUGAAACAAGGAAAACUUUGUAUUUGCUGCAAUUUCUUUUACAAGUUCAUUUUGGGUUGUCAAUCUUGUAUUUUCUUUUAUCCCAUUGGUUGAUGUAAACCUAUUGUCCAAUCAGACGUAAGGAAGGCGGGAUCUAAGCGAGGUGGAAGGAAAAAACACUAACUAAGCUAGUGAGAGUCGGCAGCAGCACGCUACCGGAGGAGGUUGUGUACCAGAGCUAACAGGAGAAAAGUAAAAUAAUAGCCGUGGGUGCAGAGUCUACGUGCCUGUUAUGGACUGUUUUACCCUGUGAUGAUGGACCGAGAGGAAUUCUCUGGACCCUUCUGCUGUGGAUAGGAUUUCCGUGUGUUUGUCCCAGUGUACUCAGCAGCCCGGGUAUACCGCUAAUUCCGACCACGUUGACGAGUGGAGGCCGCAUGGUCACCAACCGAGCCUGCCCCUCAGCUUGCCCUUGCACUUAGCCCAAAGGAUUCGUGAGUAGACCUGAGCACGUGCGUUUUGUUUUCCGCUUGUUUAUCAAGUGAAGCGGCCAUUUGUGUGUUUUCUGGUCCAACGAGCCCGAGCAACGAUCAGGCCUGCAACGGUUUCAGUGAAGGAGCUCACAAAGGUUACAAAAUUUGAACUGAACUUAAAGGGGAAUAUUUUGGAUAAAUGUGUUGUUUCUGAGACAUUGACUGUGAAUUGUGAAGAGGGAAAAAACCUUCAAUUGAAUUGUAAGGAAACACUUCAAUACUUGGAAUAUUGUAUUUUUUUUAUUUAUUUUAUUCAUAUUUUAUUUUGACUAAAUCUUACAAUUUGAAUUUAAAGUUUUGUGUGUGUCAUAAUUAUUAUUUACAGAGUUUAUAAGUGAUAAGGGUUACUAAAAGGUAAAAAAGAGGUUUAACAUGUUAGAUAAAUUCAUUAUUCUUGGUGAAGAUUAAACAGAACUCAUUAUUUUCACUAAGUGGAGGCACCGCCAACAUUAAGAUUUCUAAGUAAAAAGGUUAAAACUGGUUAGUUAUUGUUUCUCCUGUUUACCAAUAAGAUUAAGUAACGUACCCAGGGCCCCACUCAUAGUACUAUCACCACUUUAACCAAGGGUUAAUCCAGAGCUACUUGAGUUGGGUGCUACACAUUUGGAGGCACCGCUGGGAUUGUUUUGUUGUUUUAUGUCAAUUUUAAGUUAUUACUAAAUCUGCUGUAACCUUAAAAGUAACUAAGAGUAACACUGGUCCUAAAAAGUAACUUCAAUUAAUUUCUUUUCUUCCCCCUACGUAAAGUAACUUGUUAAAACUAUGGCCACUAAAAGUAAUGUUUCACAACCAAAUCUUGCAAAUUGGUGCAGAGGUAAAGGGCUUGAUCAGGCACAUGCCAUUUUAGUUAUUGGAGUGCCUGAAGAGGAGGAAAUAUCCACAGUAGAAGAAACACUCGAACAAGUAAAAACCUUGGGCAAGGUAAGAGUAAGAGGCAAAAUGUUUGAUGCCAAUAAUCAAACCCUGACCAUGUUAUGUGAAUGCCGUGAAGAAGUCGAUCCUACCAAAGUUCCACCAGAGGUGAUCUCCUUUAAAGAAGGAAGUAAAUGGAAAAUAGUUGUGGCAGAACAAGAAACAAACUCCGACCUAUUCACCGAGAAGUUGGACAGAUUUCUACGUGAUGAAGGGAAAACAUUGGAGGAUGUUAAAAGACUAUGUGAUCCUAGCACCUCGUGGAACAGCAACCCUGAGUCAAUCAUUCGGGCGGUAGGUGAUGUUUUGCAGUCCAAGCCAAAUGAAAGCAAUUUAUACCGUCGUUUUAGAAUCUUCUCUGGAGUCCACCCUACUCCACCUGGUGAAGACAAUUUGGACAGCUGGUUAGAACAAGUAAAGUUCAUGACUGAUGAGUAUGAGUGCUCAGAUAAGGAGAAACGCAGAAGGAUUAUUGAGAGUCUCAAAGGGCCAGCGCUGGAGAUCAUUCAAGCAGUGCGCAUGUCUAAUCCCAUGGCAAACCAUAUGGAUUACUUACAGGCAUUGGAAAGUACCUUUGGAACCUCAGAAUCCGGUGAAGAAUUGUAUCUCACAUUCAGAGCUAUGCAUCAAAAACAAGGUGAGUGCUUAUCUAACUUCUUGCUGAGACUGGGAAGAUCACUGAACAAGGUAGUGCAAAAAGGAGGCCUACAAGUGGAUGAAGCCAACAAAGCAAGACUUGAGCAACUCAUUAAAGGUGCCACUGAAUCAGACUUCAUGCUGCUUCAGCUAGGUCUAAGAGAUAAGCGAAGUGAUCCUCCAACAUUUUUAAGCCUACUGAAAGAAAUUCGAGAAGAAGAGGAGCGUGAAGCCGCAAGACAAAAACUCAAAAAACCAGCACAGAGACAGCAUGUGCAUGCAGGGCAAGUAACAAGUGAAACAGACUCCAAAGACUGUCAGCAACAUGAUUUUCAGUCCGAAAUUCAAGUGCUAAAAGAAAAGCUGAAAGAGCUCAACAAGCAGUCUCAUUCUACAGAGUCAAGCUACAAAAAGAUGUCCAGAGAAAAGAAAAAAGAGAAAUCAGACACAAGCAACGAAGUGCAACAGUUAAGAAAAGAAGUCAAAGAGCUGAAAACACAGUUAAGUGUAAUGUCAGUAAAGCCACAACAUUAUGCAAAAGAGAGAGGCCACUAUUCUAAGUUCAAAGCAGACUUCAGUCCAAAGUCAUCUACCUUUAAGUCAAAGAGUAGUAAAGAGUCAGAUAAUUUCUGCUACAGAUGUGGAGAAAAUGGCCAUUUUGCAAACAAAUGUACAGCUCCGGAAAAUGCUCAAAAGGUGAUUAAAAAGCUUAUUCAUCAAGUGCAUGGAAGCCCACAUGGACAAAGUCAAAGUACCGACGCUCAAGAUCAGUGUGUUGCUCGAGUUAAUACUACCAAUGUUCCAACUCAAAGUGUCAACAUACCGGAAGGUCUUAUUGGUCCAUCAUCCAUAGCUCCUAUCAAGGUCAACAACAUCUCAUGCCAUGGUCUUAUGGAUUCAGGGUCAACAGUGACCAUUAUCUUUGAGGAUUGGUAUAGAGCCAACAUACCAACAGUCCCUAUACAGCCCAUUUCCAAUCUAGCCAUCUGGGGCCUAUCAGCUGAGUCCUAUCCUUACCAUGGGUAUGUAGUGGUAGAGAUAGAGUUCCCUGAGGAUGUAGCAGGUGUCAAGGGUCCUCUUAACGUCCUCGCCUCGCCUGUCCUGAGCCCCCACAAAGUCAUGAAACCCCUGUAG